CGGCGGUCGCCCCUUACCUCAGCGGGCCGCGGGAGCGACGCGGAAGCCCCUCUGGCCCGUCGCCUGGAGCCCCGGACAGCCCCGGCUGGACGUGUUAGGAAGACGUGCUGUUGAAAGCUAACUAUGAAAACAUUUGUCAUUGGAAUUGGUGGCGUGACCAAUGGUGGGAAGACAACACUGGCUAAGAAACUGCAGGAACACCUGCCACACUGCAGUGUCAUAUCCCAAGAUGACUUCUUCAAGCCAGAAUCUGAGAUAGAAAUAGAUAAAAAUGGAUUUUUGCAGUAUGAUGUGCUUGAAGCGCUGAACAUGGAGAAAAUGAUGUCAGCUGUUUCCUGUUGGAUGGAAAGUCAGCAGUCGGCAGACACAAAUGGAGACAUUCGCAUUCUGAUCAUUGAAGGUUUCCUACUCUUCAAUUACAGGCCCUUGGAUACUAUAUGGAACCGAAGCUAUUUUCUGACCAUUCCAUACGAAGAAUGCAAGAGGAGGAGGAGCACGAGGGUCUAUGAGCCUCCCGACCCCCCAGGGUACUUUGAUGGCCACGUGUGGCCCAUGUACCUCAAGCACAGACAAGAGCUGAAGACCAUCCCAUGGGAAGUCGUUUACCUAGAUGGGAUGAAAUCGGAAGAAGACCUGUUUGCACAAGUACAUGAAGAUCUGAUGCAGCAACUAGCAAAACGGAAGCGUAAGUACUGUCCUACCAGGUAAUAAAGAGAGAACAAUGGGAAAAUGGUUGAGGACAGUCCCAGAGGAGCCUGCUGGAAUGCCAGUGGGGGGAUUGUGUAACUGAGGGUGCCUCCGAGCCGGAGAUUCUGUAGCACCUUUCCUCACUUGCUUGGUUUAACAUCUCUAUGAGAUGGCUAUCCCAAGGCCUGAA